AUGGCUGGGUUUGUGUGUAAUGAGUGCUCAUUCUACUCAGAAGGCCUGGAAAUGGUGAAACAUCUUAAAUCAACAAAUCAUGAUAGUGUCAAAUGUUUUGAAACUCAAGAAACUUUAGCCUGUGAAAUAUGUGAUGAUUCGAACAUAAAUUGCUUGACAGUUACAAUAGCUGAAGGUAUGCUUUUGAUUUGUGGGAAUUGUUUGAUCAAUGAGGGUAUAACUCCAUCUCAUCGUUCCACCUUAAAGAAUAAUGAUAUACUUGAAAGCUUUGAAGAUUAUGUUAAAUACCGUGGAUUAUGCUGUGUCUUCCGCUGUUCAAAGACUGAUUUGAGUAUUUAUCCUCCUGAUCUUCAAUAUGCUGUUUGUGAUGGAUGUGCAACUAUAGGAAAUGAUUAUGAUGAUGAACAGGUCAAGAUUAGGAAGGACAGCAAGGAGUCUUUAGAAAAGUCUUUAGGGAAACCCAAGACAAGAGACAACGCGCGUGAUAGUCAAAAUGAAGAGACUCAAAAGGUCCAAGAAGUUAUUCCAGAGUCAGAACUCAAUUUUAUUGAAAAAGAAUUAGUUAUACAAGAAAAGAUUCCAGAUUUGGUAACUGAAAAUGGUGAUGGUGAACUUAUGUGUUGUACAUGCUCUUUUGUUUCGAAAGGUCCUGAAAUGAUCCAACAUUUGAAUCAACAAGAGCAUUUAUAUAUUAUGUAUCUUGAUUCAAAGAAAGUUCUUGCCUGUGAAAUGUGUCAACAAGCAAAUAUCAAUGAGUUAACGAUGUCAAAAUUUGAUCAAGGUGAAUUAUUAAUGACAUGCAAGAAAUGUUUGACAAGAAGUGGAUUGAAACCUUUUGUGAAAUACAAUUUAAACAAUAAGGGUAUCUUCGUUGAAGUUGAUGAAUAUUAUAAUGUACUUGAUAUGCAUCACAACUUUCAACCAACAAAAGAACAAAGAGAUCAAGAUAUUUCAGAGCUUAUAUCAAAAUUUAAAGAUCUGAGCCUGUAUGGUAAGGAAUCUCAGAGUAAUGUUAAAAGCAGAUAUUUGACACAAUUAUUGAAUACCAGAAGAAAGGUCAUUAAAGCAAGUAAAAAUACUUCAAAAGAAUUGAAAAAUCCCCCAAAAAUUUCUGAAAACAACGAAAACUCCAUCAAUAAAGAAUCCAUAAAGCUGACUGAACUUACAAAUCCACUAAAAAAGAUUGAAUCACCAACAGAAUCUAACAAUAAAUCAAAAAAUAAUGAAUCAUCUGAAGAAUAUGAACAUAAAUCAAAAUACCAAAAAGCCAAACCUAAACUUUCAUAUGAAUCAUUGGGUAGAUACUAUAAAGAAAUGUGCUAUAAUCUUUACUUGGAGGAAUCAAUUGAAACAGCACCAAUGACUAACUUCAUCACCGAAUGGUAUCCUGGAUUUCCAAAUCGAGUUACAUUGUUCAUUCCAUAUACUGAUGACAUUGACAAGCUUAUUUAUUCAAAAUUUAGGCAAAUACGUGAUACACCUUUUAGCAAACAUCAAUCCAUCUUUUUAGUUACUGCUGAAAAUGGAAAAUCAAUUUUAUGGGAAUCCUUUGUGAUGCGCUUGAAAUUAAUUAGAGAAAAUAAUAUCAAAAUACAAAUUGAAUUAACUUUACAAUUACAGAGCUGGAAUAAUUCAAAAACUUUUAUGGAUCUGAACAUAAUUUCUUUUACUCCAGCUUCACCACCAACUUCAAGAAUUAUCACUUCCAUGACGAAUCAAAACAAUCCGUUUUUCCAAAAUAUGUUGUUGGGGAAAAAUUUAUUAAACCAAACAAAUAAAACUUUAAGACCUUUAAAAUACCCAACUACAACAAAAUUGAAUAACCCACAAUUGAUUGCCAUUAAUCAAGUUUUGGAUAAUCCAAUCACUAUAUUACAAGGUCCACCUGGAACGGGUAAAACGUCUACAAUUAAUGAACUUAUAUUACAACUUGUAAAAGAUACAUAUCCAAUCUUGGUGGUUGCAGCUUCAAAUGUUGCAAUUGAUAAUAUUGCAGAAAAAUUAAUGAAAAAUAAAGAUCUAGAAAUACUUAGAAUUUUAUCCACUGCUAAAGAAUCUGAAUACAAUGAAAGACAUCAUUUAAACCCAAUUUGCUUGCAUAGAAAAGUUUUUGAUAAUUUACCAACGGAAAAACAAGAUUUAUAUCUGGAUUUUAAAAUGGAUAGACGUCAAAUAAAUAAAAAUGAAUUUUUUGCUCUUACGAAGCUUCAAAUCAAAGAAACAGAUAAAUUGGUGAAUUCAGCUAAAGUAAUAUUGACAACAACAAUUACUGCAGGUGGUCCACAUUUAAGACAUCUUGACAAAAUUCCAAUUUUAAUUAUGGAUGAAAGUACACAAUCAAAUGAAGCAUCAACUUUAGUUCCAUUGUCACUUAAAGGCCUUGAAAAAAUUCUUUUAGUUGGUGAUGAAAAACAAUUAAGUUCAUUUAAUGAUAUUCCAUAUUUAGAACAAUCAUUAUUUGAAAGAGUGUUAAAAAAUGGUACUUAUUUUAAUCCAAAUAUGUUACAAAUUCAAUAUAGAAUGAAUCCUAAAAUUUCAAAAUUCCCAAAUAUAAAAUUUUAUGAAAAUAAAUUAAUUGAUGGUGUUACUGAACAAGAUAGAACAACUUUUGGUAUCCCACCAUUGUUAUUCAUAGAUUAUGGUGAUCAUUAUAAAGAAACUCAAUCAUUAAAAAAUCCUAUAAAAUUUUUAAUUAAUAGUGGUAAUAUAUCUUCAUAUCAAAAUAUUGGAGAAGCUAAUUUAAUAUUAAAACUUAUUUAUGAAUUAAAUCAUAAAGGUGGAAUAAACCUUAAAGAUAUUGGUAUAAUAACUCCAUAUUCAUCACAAAGAGAUAUUAUAGCACAAUUAAUUAGAAAUGAUAGAAAAAUAAAUCCAAAUUUUGAAAAAAUUCAAGAAGAAAUUGAUGAUGAUUUUAAUCAUUCAAAUAAUUCACAAUUUAAAAAACCAUCAAGUAUUAAAACUAUAUGUGGAUUAAUGAUUAGUUCAAUUGAUGCUUUCCAAGGUCGUGAAAAAAAUCAUAUAAUUUUUUCAUGUGUUCGAUCAAAUGAAUUUAAUAAAAUUGGAUUUGUUAAAGAUUUAAGAAGAUUAAAUGUUGCAUUAACAAGAGCAAAGAAUAGUUUAACAAUUGUUGGUAAUAAAUCAUGUAUGAAACAAGGUGAUUCAGUAUGGAAUGAUUUGAUUAAUCAUUUAGAAACAAACCAUUGUAUAAGAACAUUAAAGCCAUCAGAAUUAUAA